AUGCGUACUCAGCAUGACCCAACGUUGAGUUAUGUGGGUAAUGUUGUAGAUUUUGGGGAGCAUAGUAACAAUGAAAUCCAGCGGGCGGUGCUUCCACGAACAGAAUCUGGUUAUAGUGACAAAUUGCUCCUUUUCGAUAAAUUUGUCAAGUUACACCCACAGGCCGUCAUCCCUCCGGACAUCAGAACAUGUAGGGCUUUCCUUGAGUGGAUUGCUAAGGGCAUGAACGGUCGGAUCGAAGAAAGGCCCACUGUCGAGACCAUCAAAGGCUUUAUUAGGCAAUUCGCAACUGGAAUGAAGAGAGAAAGAAACUUUAACUUCCCAGAAGCCAGUAGGACUACUAUCAAUGAGUACAUCUUGGGAGAACUAAAAGCAAAGAUCCCUCUCUCGACCGCGCAAAUGAACAAAGAUGGUGGUGUGUCUCCGAAUGAUUUGACUAUCUUGAUGACUCAAUUGUGGUGUCGCGACCACCAUGAGUAUCGUGGAAAUCCCAACGACCGGGCCAGGAUUCAACUAAGCGCCGCAAUUCUUCUAUAUUGCUUUACAUCUGCACGCACAGGGGAGGUCCACGAAUCAACCGCUCGGAGAAAGAAGGCCCAAGAUAUCGGGGUGGAUAGCGAGGAUGCCGAAUUAGAAGCCCGCGUGCUGGCUGCCUGUUAUAAGCAUUUUGAACUCACCGUUGAGACUGUGGAUGUGUACGCCGAGGAUGUGCCGAUAUUCCUCAAUGUUUUGACAUUCUUUUUACCAAUGGCAAGCGCAGACAAAGCUUUUAGGAAUUACAGUUCAGUGAGCGAGAUCCUAGAUGCUGUGGAAAUGUAUGAGCGAGUCGGUCCUUUGGAGGACAAAAUUCUUGAGGUGAUUCAUGUCCGAGAAGAGAUGAGAGAUAUGCCGGUCUUUCGCCAAUAUCUGGAGCAUAACGUGGAUCAUUUCAAAGGCCAUGCCAGGGGAGCGGACGCCUUCGGAAAGGCCUUAGUCCACCUUGGUCAUAGAAGUGGCUACACGCUGAAUAUCACUGUUCGGGCGUGUCGAAGAUGGGCUUUACAGGAAGCAGACAAGACCCAUUCUGAGACUGCAAGAAUGAGAUUCGCCGGGCAAACCAAUCGCGACACAUACGGAAAGUCCUACGCGCAUCCUCUCAGUGAGGUGGAUGGACCAGCAAACUAUCUCGGAAUUGCCAGCAGACAAGAGCAUAUUCAGAAUCGUCGAGGGAUGGGUCUUUACCGCAAUUCGUCAUUAUCACAGCUUCUUCCUGCAAAAGCUGAAUAUGAGUUUCUCGCCCGAGAAGAUAUUUGUGAUCUUGACCGAAUGAUGGCAAAGUUGAGUUUGCAACUCUCAGGGGCCACGCCAGAAGAAAAGCACAAGAUCCAACUUCAACAGAAGAGGGUAUAUAACGAGAAACGAGGCCUCUAUAAUAAAGAGCUCCGAAAGGUUGAAAGGCAAUCCGGAAAGCAACAUGGAAGUAUUUACACUGAAACAAUGUUCCACUACAGGAGAAGGGUGAUGCCUCAUCGAGACUUCUUGGCUAACGCAUUACUCGGCAAGGUCAGCCUCCGGAGCUUAGAUGGGAGAAGAAUACUACAGGCGUUGGAGUCUCUCUGUAGCGAAACGCACACGGUUGCAUACCGCGAUAGCCUCAGCCCUUUAGACAAAGCCUGUCUCUGUGGAAAGUCGAUCAAAGAGUAG